AUGCAGCGCUGGGAGCGCGCCGGCGAGGGCGCGUGGGCGGCGCUCGAGGAGGACGCGGAGGGCCGCCUCGUCGACGGCGGGCCCGGGUCGCGCGACGGCGGCGGGAAGCGGCGGCGCGUCGGCGGCGGCGCCGGGGGCCUCGCCCGGGGCCUCAUCCGCUACGUCGCGCUCGUCGUCGACGGGAGCGCGGCGGCCGGCUCCGGGGAUUUAAGGCCGAGCCGGCUCGCUGCGUGCUGCGCCGCGGGCGCCGAGUUCUUGGCGGACCUCUUCGCGGGCAACCCCUUCAGCUCCGCGUGCGUCGUCGACGCGCGCGACGGCGCCGCGAAACUCGCGUCGCCGCUGUCGGGCGCCGCGCGCGCGCACGCCGACGCGCUCGCCGCCGUCGGCCGCGCGGCGCCCGCGGGCGCGUUCUCGCUGCAGCGCGCGCUCGAGGCCGCGGCCGCCGCGCUCGAGGCCGCGCCGGACUACGGGUUCCGGGAGGUCGUGGUCUUGUCGAGCUCGCUCGCGACGCGCGACGCGGGCGACCUCAACGCCGUCGCCGCGCGCUUGGCCGCGGCGAAAAUCCGCUGCCACGUCGUGAACCUCGCCGCGGAGACCUACGUCGUGCGGAAGCUCGCGGAUGCGACGGGCGGCGAGUUCGCCGUCGCGCUCGACGCGGGCCACCUCGCGGCGCUCCUCGGCAACCGCGUCGAGCCGCCGCCGCUCGCCGCGGACGACGCGCGGCUCGCGGGCGAGCCGCCGCCGCUCCCCGCGCCCGCGCUCGCGUCCUCCGCCGGCGGCGCGCCGGCGUGGCGCGCGACGACGCACGCGUGCCCGCGCUGCGCGACGCGCGCCGCGGAGCUGCCCGCGGCCUGCGCCGUCUGCGACCUCCCGCUGGUCUCCGCGCCGCACCUCGCGCGGAGCUACCACCACCUGUUCCCGGUGGCGGCCUUCCCCGGCCGGGUAGCCGAGGACGGGGCCUGCUUCGCCUGCGGCGGCGGCCUCGCGCCGCGCGCCUUCGACUGCCCGGCCUGCGGCGCCGCGUUCUGCGGCGACUGCGACGAGGCCGUCCACGCGGCGCUCCACGUCUGCCCGGGCUGCGGCUAA